AUGAUGGGAAAGACGGAAGUAAAAAAAUCAAUGGAAAAAAGUGCCGGGGGGUCAAAGAUGAGGCAGCCGCACGCCUUGACGGCACCUCCGCGAAAAAAAGAGACAUCAUGGCAGAAGACGUGGAAAAGGCCGGCGAAACCAACGACGUCAGAGGCGUCUAAAAAGGACGAAGCUGCGACAGCUGCGGUACCGCCACGGGACGAGGCCAGGAAGCUGCUGGAGGGUAACCAGGAGGCUGCAGAAGAAACCGUUACGCUAUCUUCCUCCUCCUUUUCCGCCUCGUCCAAUGUGAGCAGGUUAACCUCAUCCUCCUCUCACGCCCCGGGAUACGGCACGGCGCUCACUGCGGCAGAAAAGCAGGCCGCAGGGGUCUCGCCCGCGACCACACAGACGGAAGAGGAAAUUGUGACGGUUGUCCCGACCGACGCCUUGACGAACAAGCUACGGAACGAACAAGUGCUGUAUUACCUUGAGGCGGCUCGCUCGCUGCGGCAGGUUACUACCAGCAUGGAGGCCCAGGAGCGGUUCAUGGGAAACGAGAUUCAACGGGGGAGUGCUCUGCAUGACGCCAAGAAGACACAGCUCGCUGAGAGACAGAAGGUGCUUGACCGCCUUCAGGAAUCCACGCUGCGGCUCACACGGCAACUGCGGGGUCUGGACAGUGAAAAUGAUCGUAUGCGAGACCGGCUUGCGCAGCUUCAGGCCGCCGUUGACAAGGCUGGGAGUAGGAGGGCGGCCCCCUUCCAUGUACAACGGGAUGUGAACCCGGUAGUGCGCCACAACUCUAUGUUGUCACGCCAGCGUGUCAGCGACAGCAGUGGUGGCGGGGCGCCUAUCGUCCCCGUGCGGAAGUCUCUCUCCUUUACCAGGAAUGCCUUGAUGGCGGAACUCGACGCCUACAGUCGAAAACUUCGAACGGCUGAGGAACAGCAUGAAGAGUUGCUAAAGGAACUUCAGCUUGCCGUCGCGAAAAGGAAAGGGCGCGCCGCCGCCUACAGCAGCUCUGGAGUCUCAUGGGCUUUCUCUGGGUAUCCGAAAACGGGAAGCAGGGAGAGUUCCUUCUUCACCGACAGCGUGAAGGAGUCCAGUGCCCUUCAGCAGUUGGAGCGGAUGAUAGACGACAGUCUUGUGCGUUGUUUAUAA